GGGAAGAAUAUAAUUUUAGGGAAUUUUUUUUUGGCGGUGGUUUAUUUUUUUUAGGGCUCAUCCUCGAUUCGAACCUCGACGCGACGCGACGCGACUCACUCUCUCACACCUUUUGACGGCGUUUUUCAUUUUCACCACCUCUCCUCCUCUUCCUCUGGUCUUCCGUCUCUCACUCUGCAUCGAGAUCUUACGGUGCCUCCCCUGAUCUCGAUUCUAAGCUUUAAUAUUAUCGUCAAUUUCGCAAAUCGCGAUUUAAAAAUCCACGCCGUUGAUUUCAAUGCUGAGACUUACUCCGCCGUCUCCCGCUGCUAAAAAUCGCCACUCGCGGAGAGGAAUAACAAAACCCUAGCUUCUCACAUCAUUAUCUCUCUCUCUCUCUCUCUCUCUUUCGCAUCAUUUCGUACCCUCAUCUCUCUCUCUCUCUCUCUCUAUCUCUGCCUCGAAAUUUUAUAGGAAUCGUGAGGGAGGUGGGGGCUCUCUAUCCACAUGUGAUGUCUGGAAAUGAGAUUCGUCCGAUCAAGCUGAAGGCUAGCUUGGCGAUGAAGAAGCAUCAUGAAGAAGAGGACAACAACAGCAAAGCUUUGGUGAAAGUCAAGUUAGAGAAGGACAAGCACGUCUCCUCUUCAGAUGACGGCUCCUCCGGGAAAGCCAUGGUUACUGUGAAGUUAGAGAAGGAAGAAGAAUCUUCCGGUGGGGUUCUUGUAGCGAGUAGUGGUGGGGCACUCAAGAGGAAACGAAUCUCUCGAUUAGUUGAAAAAUCUCGAAGAUUCUCAGCCAAGAGCAGCGAGAGCAGCAGCAGCUUGUUGGAUAAACAGAAACAGAAGACAUGUCUUCGCAGAGGGAUGACUACUCGUUGGAACACCGAUAGGAUUGAUAAUGCGGAGCUAGCGUUAUUCGAGAUACUCAAGGAGAAAGGCGCUUCCUUUGAGAGGCCUGUUCCGCGGGCAGAGCUGCGAGUUUCGGCUCGUAGGAGGAUCGGGGAUACUGGGCUGUUGGACCAUUUGUUGAAGCACAUUGACGGGAAUGUGACCCCCGGUGGCGCGGAGAGGUUUAGGAGGUGUCAUAACACCGAAGGGACGAUGCAGUAUUGGCUAGAGAGUGCUGAUCUGAUCAAGAUCAAGCUUGAGUCUGGGGUAUGUGAUUCUAACUGGGCUCCCCCUUCUUGGUGGAAGCUUCAGGGUGCGAACAGCAUUAUUAAACUUGAACCUGGGGUUCUUGAACCGUCUGAGUCCCCUGCUAAGCUUAAGGAAGAAAUGGAUAAAAUGAGGAGGAUCGUUUGCAUCCAUAAUCAGAAACUCAUCUGGAAUAGUGAUUAGUGCAUCACCAUCAUUGGGCUCACCAGCAACUCCAUCCCCAACAUCCAAUAUCCAUUGGGAAAAUGCUUCAAGGUCUUUCAACUCUUCUGCAGUCAUAUUGGUAGACAACAAUCUCAUAUUCUUGGUUAGUUUGAGAACUUUACAGUGUUUCCAGAGAUAGGAAAAAUUUAGAGAAUUCAGC